CUGGAGAGCAUAAACCCGGGACAGGAGCAAUGGGUGUUUCAGCCCAGCCUGCAGCAGCCUGUGCAGCAGAGUGAAAGCUCCAGAAAGGCUUUACUGCUUUCAGGCAUUGUGGACAAAGAAAUUCUCUAAACAGUGUCUUCUGCUUUUGUUCAGUCACAAAAGAGUAGGAUUCUGUUGUGAAAGGAAAAUAUUAAGGGAAUUUCUGUUGCAAAUGUGUGCAGGCAAGAAAAGCACAAUUUCAGGCUCUUCCAUGCACUAUCAAUCUAAUGAGGGUUUUUCAACACAGUGCUUCAUUCCAGGAGAGAAGUUAGGCUGAUACAUAUGUGAGUAUAAAUUCCUCUUUGGGGCAUUCCUGCUGGACAUGAUCAAGCACCUUCUCUUCUUAAAAGUUAAAAUAGCGACAGUUGUCACCUGUCCAAAAUGUCUCCUGGCAUGUCUUCCCUUCAUGGCUGAGUGCUUGGGCAGUUCACAAGGAAUGUGGGAGUGUCUGGUGCACAGGAUCAUACUCUGAUUCACCCGGGUGCAGCUUUGCAGAGCUCACAGCAGCUCUCAGGUCCAUGGUCUUGCUGAUGCCACAAUUCCUGGCAGUAACCCUGCAGUCUGUACAUCCAAGGAGAGGUCCUGGUACAGGUGUCCUGCACAACUGAACCCCUGACCCUCAGCCAGGGAAACUCCUGGACUCUUACAAGUUGCUUUUCCUACAAUAUUUAAUUACCCUAACCUUGGGAUUACAUUUCUGUCUUUUCCAGAGAUGUGAUUAAACUCUAAUAAAAUAACCAUUUCACUUAAAUAGUUUUAAAAAGCUGUAAUCCCCUCAAAGAAAUAUUUUAGCUCUGUUAAUGACUGCUGGCUGAAAUGUUAUGUUUGUAAUGAGUUUAUCCAAAGGAACUUAGAGAAGGCACCUGAUGCCCUAGGGCAGAAUGGUGUACUGCAGCUCAAUUUGGUUUUACAGUUUAAACAAAUAUAAUUUAUAAAUAAAAUGCUUUCAUUAUUUAACAAGUAAUUUUGGUUAAAAAAUUUCUCAGAUUAAACACAUAUCGAACUAGUGUUCUUCUUAAUCACUAAGUACACAAAAACAUUAGUUCUUUUGUACUGUUUUUGGUCAAAAUAUCCCCCACACUCAUUGCAUAAGAUGAAAUUUUGGUAUUAUAAGAAAAUUUCACAACAGCCGUAACUUUUACCUCCCAAAAACAAACUCUCACUUUAAAGAAUGGUUGAAUUCUAUCCUGACAUUUGGAAUUGCUUGAUGAUGAUGUUGUGCUAGGAAAACAGCAGCCACAAACAGAGCAGGAAUAAGGAAAAAAGAAAGCGUGUAGGCAAAAUAAUGAUUCUUCUUGGAAUUGGAUAUUUUAAGUUUCCGGUCAAAGCUUAUUGUGCCUUGCAGUAGUCACAGAAUUCCAAAUAUUUCAGAUUUUAAAUCCACUGAUUAUUCCCUUCCCUUUCAAUAGGCUGCUUAUUUCUAGUCUUUUUGAUAAAUACAAAAAUAUAAUAUGAUUUAUUAUCUAGUACUUAAAUAGUGAAACUCCUAAGUAAAUGAAAUAUUUUUAUUUGGAUUUGGAAUAAAAGAAAAAUAAAAAUCAGGCUUCCAAAUCAUGUGACAAGCAACAGAACCCACAUGGAUUUUAUCAGCUUAUGACCACUAAAAACCUGCCCAAAGGAAAUUAGGGUUGGGGUUGAUACAUAAAUCAGUGGUAGGUGCCAGUUGACUGGUUUCCAUAUCAACUAUAACUCUGAAAUUUGUGAAUGCAAACACUCAGCUGUAAAAGUGCACAGCUGACUGUGUCAUUUGGAGAGUGCUGGUGCUGCUGUGGGACCCGGGCACACUUGGGAGGGCCUGGAGCACCCUGAGAGUCCCCAGGUAAUGCUGUUUCUAAUAAUAAAUUAAAUCUCCUUCACUCUAUCCCUUUACAGGGUGAUUCUGGUUCUAGAAUUUGUUCUGGACAGGAAAAAAAAAAGAGCAAGUGAAGACAGAGAAUCCUUUGUCAUAUUGUCAUAUGACAGAUAAUGUGACAAUGGCUGUUGUGGUCAUGCAAAUGAGAUCUUCUUGUUCCCAGUCAGUUGGGGUCAUCUAACAAGGAAUCAUAUUCAAAUUGUAAAACUAAAAGAGUUUGUGAAAUACUCUGUUCAUAUUUUGUUCAUGUUUCUUCAAGUUUUGAACUUCUGCAGGUCUCCCAUGUAACAGACUGAAUUACAGAUAAUAUUUUGAGCUAUAACUAGCAUCUCCUUACUCCAGGAAUUUUGAUAAUAUGUGCUAUCAUUUAUAUCCAAACAUGCUGAAAUAAGACUAACUACCAGUGUACCUGAAAGAUGCUUAGGUAACCAGAAUGUGCCAAAAAGUCAGGCAAAAUAUGUGGGUUAGCUUUCAGCCACCAGCAAAGCUGGGAUAAGAUAGAAUACCUCAAGGCAUAACAUUUUGUUUUUUGUUAGUGUUAGACUGUUGUCUGUGACUCUACCACUUUCCUUUGCUUCUGGCCAAAAGAGCAAACAGAUACUGUUUCCAAGCAAAUGAAAUAAACCAGCUAUAUUUCUAUAAAAAAAGGAAAAGUUGCUAACAUUUUCCUUAUCUAUGUCUGGAAGCUGCUGUUUGCUCUGCCCCCAGUACACUGAACCCGUCCUUGCUAUUCCUUGGCUGCCGCCCGUCCCACACCCCCUGUGCUGUGCCAGGACAUCUUGCUGCUUUGUUUUCAUGAAUAAGUGUCACAGUGACCCUCAGCACGUGGGCUUUCCAGGACUCUCAGCUAAAUGGAGAUGCUCACAAUGCUUUAUUGUUAGCAGCGAGCACGGCUGGAGGAGCUGGGUACCCCUGGAUGGUUGAAAUCCUGAGCAGCAGAGCAGAGCAGAGCAGCAGGAGCCAUGUCUCUGCCCUUCCGAAAGGAGCUGGAGAAGUACAAGAAUAUCAACGAAGAUGAAAUACUCAGCAAGCUCUCAGAGGAUGAACUGAAGCAGCUAGAACAUGUUCUUGAUGACCUUGAUCCUGAGAACGCCCUGCUUCCAGCGGGAUUUCGGCAGAAGGACCAGACCACUAAACCUGCCACGGGCCCCUUCGACAGAGAGCGCCUGCUCUCCUACCUGGAGAAGCAAGCUCUGGAGCACAAGGACAGAGAAGACUUCGUACCCUUUACAGGGGAAAAGAAAGGAAAAAUAUUUAUCCCUAAAGAAAAGCCCGUAGAAACCCGCACAGAAGAGAAGGUGACCCUGGAUCCAGAACUAGAAGAGGCCUUGGCCAGUGCUUCUGAUACCGAGCUCUAUGACCUUGCAGCUGUUCUUGGAGUGCACAACAUGGUCAACAACCCAAAAUUUGAUGAGGCAGGAGCCCGCGGUAAAGAUGGAAAAGGAAUCGUGAGAAAUGUGGUGAAAGGUGAAAAGGUCAAGCCCAUCUUUGAGGAGCCACCCAAUCCAACCAAUGUGGAAGCAAGUCUACAAAGGAUAAAAGCAAAUGAUCCUAGUCUCACAGAAGUUAAUCUCAACAACAUAAAGAAUAUUCCUAUUCCAACACUGAAAGAAUUUGCAAAAGCUCUGGAAACCAACACACAUGUGAAGACAUUCAGCCUUGCAGCUACUCGAAGCAAUGAUCCUGUAGCUAUUGCAUUUGCAGAUAUGUUGAAAGUGAACAAAACACUGAAGAGUCUGAAUGUAGAAUCCAACUUCAUCACUGGGACAGGGAUUUUGGCGCUGAUUGAUGCACUGAAAACGAAUGAAUCCCUAACAGAGAUUAAAAUUGACAACCAGAGGCAGCAGCUUGGGACAGCUGUAGAGAUGGAGAUUGCCAAGAUGCUGGAGGAGAACUCCAGGAUUCUCAAGUUUGGAUACCAAUUCACAAAACAAGGUCCAAGAACCAGGGUGGCAGCAGCUAUCACUAAAAACAACGACCUGGUUCGGAAGAAGCGGGUGGAAGGGGAGCGGCAGUAGCCACAGCGCCGAGGACACCAGGCAGGACUGGAGCCCACCACCACUGCAGCCUCAGAGUGCUCACUGCUCAGAAGGGAAGGCACUGGAAAACUAUUACCAUGGGAGUUGCUGAUUUCUGUUAAUGUCUCCUUUUAACCUUGAAAACAGAGCCUGCACGUUUUUAAUUUUCAUGGUUAAUUUAAUUCUUAUGAGAAAGGUUCAUAGUUGGUUUGAUUUUAAUGAAGAAAAUGGUUUGCAGUAUCUGAAGCCAAUAUGCAGCAUCUUAACCAUGUUCCUGAGCAUAACAUGACUCUGACCCUUAUUUUAGACACUUUUUGAUAUAUGAAAAUAUGACCUUGAAUAUGGAUAAGGGAUUCUCUGCUGAAAAUAGAAAUUUUAGGGCCAAGUUCUGCAAUGCCUUAUGUUUGUGAAUAAUCCUUACUUAUGUGUAUAGUCCUGCUGAACUGAAUCCUGCAAUGGGCUGCUCCCAGGAGUAGAACUAGUGAUGCCAGUACAGGUCUGCAGGUUCACACCCCUGAGCCUCUCUCCUGCAGUGGGAUCUGGGCAGCUGGACCCACCUCGGAACAGCUCCUGCCACCCUUGUUGGGUCUGCACCCACCCAGCUCCCAGCGCAGGAUCACGCCUAGACGUACACACGUUCUCAAAGCGUACUUGUUUACAUAAGCUUAGGUUAGGUGGAUCAUUUUGCAAUGUUACACUGAUGGUUUUUAUUCUUACUCCACAUUGUAAAGUAAUAUUAGUGCUGCCAAUCCUGUAGACACUGAAUGUUUUGGGGUUUUUUUUCUAGGCCAACAAGUUUUUGUUUGCUACUAGAAUGCACAGUUUACAGCUAGUGAUCUUAACCUAAACAAGUAUUCUGAGCAAUAUUUGUUUUGCUUUGAGCCAUGAGUUUGACUUUUUUUAGUCCUGUAUUUAUAUACGUUUGUUAGCAUUAUAGGACUGUUCUCAGGACCUUUUAGAUGAAGAUUAAUUAAAUACUUAAUCCAAGAAAGCCACUGUGCUACCAGGGAAAGACACUAAAGACGUAGUUUUGACAGCUACAUGCCUGACAUUUAUCUGCUGCAGCUGAGGUUUGUCCCUGCAUCACAAGGCACAUGAGUAUUCGUGCCAGUGUUUAUCUGAAUAAGGGCAGAUUUAAGCUCAUGCAGAAAUACUUUGCUAAAUCAUGGCUUUAACUUACAUGCUGGACAUUAUCUUAACCCAGUGGAAAACACUCACGAAGCAGCAGCUAACCCCAACGCUCAACAGCAUCAAAAUUUCAGUAAUACUUCAGUCUGAUGUGUCAUUUUGUGUAUUUUACCAUCUAAAACUACUCUCUACCACAGUUGUAUCACUGCCAACAGCUGACUGACAGGCAGAGGUUCAUUUUGGCUCCACGGGCACAGGCUGUGAGAGCCAAGGGACGCUCAGGUCAGAGGUGUCACACACCCCAAGCUUGCAGAAAUGCUCCUGCAGGCAGCGCUGCCACCCGGGGCACUCCGGCCUCUCUGAGACAGGGAUGAAGCACUGCUGUGGGCAGUGCUGGACACCUCAGUCACUGCAGAACUUGCAGGAGUGGCUCAGGAUUAGCAGGGAAGCUGUGGGGUGCUGGAAUCAGAGACACAGGGAGCCCCAGAGCAGGCAGUGCUUGGCACGGUUCCCUGAGCGAUGCUUUCACCUUGCUGAGGUGUGAGCUAGCAGGAUGAACCCUCCCUCUGUGCCUUUUGUAAGGGAAAGGAGAAGGUGCAAGGCAAGGCUCUUCCUGUUGGAUACUGGUCUUUGUAGUGGGGCCCAAAGUGAAUAACACUUGCUGAAAUCCCACUUAAAAUACUUGGCUGAAGUGGUCUGCUGAGCUGGGAUAAAAGUGCAGUGGCCACAGUUUACUCCCCCAGCAGCUCCCAGUCUCUACAUUUUCCACUUCCUUCCUUCCCCAGAAUAAACUGAAACCUUUGCUUUGCAAAUAAAACAAAACACACAGGGGACUCUUGCUAAGGUUUUCCCUGGAUCCAUGCAGGAUUUGCUGUGAAAAACUUUGAUCUCCUAUUAAAAAAAAUUACAAUUUCUGUAAUACAGUCAUAACUCUGCAUGGGCUUAAAUAGAAUCCUUAGAAAACAUUUGGAUUACAAGGGGAAUACUGGGCUUUGCACCAUGAAGUUUCAUGGUGGGAAGAAUCCUCAUCCACAGCAUCUAAAGAUUAUGUUACUGACAACCUUCAGUGAUAGGAACCACUCUGCCCCUAAUUUCUUGUUCGUUUCCUUUGCUCCAACCAAGGGAAUCCCAAUUAUCAAUCGUUUGAAGAUUUUUUAAUGGUUAUUUUUUCUUUUUUAGUGGUACGUAUCUGUGUUCAAGGGAGACAAGUGCAAUCCAUUUCUAGUCUUAGUUGCCAUUGACAGUGUUGGUAUUUGCAUGCAGCAGUUUCACAAGGAUGGGCUGGUCUGGCUGCUUCAUGGUGUCUGCAGCAUGUCCUGGAUGGCUUUGCUCAGAGCCACACAUGAGCUUACGCAGUCAGGUGUGAUUUGCAGCCCCAGUUUGCACUGAGGUACCUGGCUGGGGAAAGCUCUGGGGCUCUCCAUCCCCUCAUCUGCCCUUCCCUUUGCAAAGCCACGGUUCCUCUGAGGGAAGAGCCUCACCCUUGGAGGGAUCAUCUCCAACUCCAGCCCCACCAUGAGUGAGGAGACAGGGCCAGAGCUGUGCACCCCAUGGCCAGGACCUGGGAGCCUGGCUCCUUCCAGCAUGUGUGAGGAGAGCUCCCAAUCCCCGGCUGUUUUCUGCAGGCAGCUGCUGCCAGCCCCUGCCAGGGGGCUCAGUGACCAGAGAUGUCUUUGUUCUGCCUCUUCUGUGUGCUCCACACAAGGCCUUGGCUGUCACCAGCCUUGAGUGUCACAGGUCAGACAUUGCAGCAAUAUAAAGAUCUGUUGGAUGCAACAACAGCACACAGUGGUGAUGCUUGGAGGCAGAUUUUCACACUACUACAGGAUUAUUUAGCUGGUUAAAAAUCUCUGCAACUAACAAAAAGGGGGGCAGGAUGAGUUAUUUCAUAUCCUACUUUCAGACAACAUCUGCAUUGUCAAUGCUAAAUGGGGAACAAGGACAGAAAAGUCCCUUUUUCUUAAGCAAACGUUCAGGAGUAACUGUCUAUUUUUGCACAUUGCUUCUCGUGUUGACUGCUUCAGUUUGGUUUGUAUUUUUUAUACAGGUUUUUUCAUGGAAAUGCUCAACUUUGUGUGUGUCCUAAUGUCCCUGUGAAGUGUAGCGUGCACUGAGGACCAUAUGUGUACAUGUAUAAAUGGCAAUGUUAGCUCUGGAACAGAUGUAACUGCAUGCGCACAGUGUGGUGCAUAUUACUCAAGAGGAAGAGAAUUACCACGCUAUGUAACAGUGACUCCCCAGCAUUGUGGUUUUUCUAAAUAAACCUUCACAAAAGAUUUGGA